CCUUUUAUUUCAAUACGUUCUACUUAUCUGGAUCCAUGACUUGCUCGAUCUCCACGAUCGAUGUUUCUUCAUUCCACCCAUAGAUGUCCAAAUUCUCGCUGCGCUUGACGAUCAAAGACUUGCGGGCGAAUGCAUUGAACAUUAGAUUAUAACAAGACUAAGAAGACAAUGAAACAUCGUAUAUUAUGGCCUAUUUAUCAGCUGUGUCUGAUCGAAAAUUAACGGUUUGAAUUUGGUUGUUUCUGAUCAGAGCAAAUGUGUAACUCAAUGAAGAUUAAUGCCAAGGGGGAAAAGGUACAAUGAACAAACAGACCAAGCUGCGGAACAAUGCCAGUGGCUGAAAGCAUUGUUUUUAACAGGUCAAUCGAUAAGAGCUUGUAAACAAACUUCGUUCACGUGAUAUGGUGACAGGUGACCAUCUACCGCCCAAUUAUUUGGGCUAGCCAAACUGCUCAUGGAAGCAUGUUUUCUUUCGAUUCCCUUCCGAACAAAGAUACAUUAACAUGAAGAAGUAAUCAUUCUGGUUCGAUCUGCCAAGCAACCGAACCAGAAUUUGUUACUGCACGUUCCGAAGCGGCCAUCUGCGUGGGAAGGUUGCUUAGCUGUCACUUAAAUCGCAAGUUGUUAAUAAUCAAGGAGCUUUGGUGGAAAGCUGAAUCGUCGCGUCCAGCUUAUAACUAACGCAGAGGCUAGAAGGUAUAUGAUGCAAACGAAUGGAGACUUCAUAUCUUUUACUAGGCCUACCGUGAGCUCUAAGUCUGCGAAGAUGAUUGCACCUAUUGAAUUACAAACCGGUCCGAUGAUGGAGGAUAAGUUUGGCAGAACAGGCCACAUAGCUAACAUUACCAGCAAGCUUAAACAUCUCUGUAGUCACGUUAUGGGAUUUUCGCUCUUAACCAAAGCCAAGGCUGAGACAAACGGUGUGAAAAAGAGACCACGGACAGAAACCAAAACCAAAGCUAUACGGAGAAAUCAGAAACUUCAACCACAUUUGGCUAGCGCUGCAUCAGAUACAGUCCAGCGAUUAAACCACAUAAGGGUUCCUUCGCAGUUCUCGGACAAUGCUGUUCGGGUACUCGACGAAGCCAUUUUGUGCCACGAAGGUGACAACAUUGUUGGUGCCCGGAGAAAUUUAACAAAUCUUUUCCGAGUAUUGGUAAUAAACAAGGCGGAAUGUUUUGACUUUCCGUCAAAGUAUGGCUUGGAGGUCCUACAUCGAGGAAGACAAAACUUUCUUGAGAAGGGCGUGAGUUGCUCGAUAAAACACGGGACUUUACUUUUAGACUCAAGUACGAGAGGAGCGCAGUUUUACUCUGGAUUACUAAACGUCAUGGGAGCAUUUGCAUUGCUGAUUUCCGAAUUUGAAAUUGCCAGAGGAACUUUUGACCGGCUGAUCGAUCUGCAUCACCAGUCAAAUACAACUAGUCGUUCACAUGACCUUUCUGCUGCCUACAACAAUAAGGGGUGUGUUCACCUCAUCAUGGGCGAUUUGCUCGAUGCACAAAAAGCGUUUGAAACUUCUCUAAGGGGCCUUCGUAACUCGAACGGGUCGUCAAAUGUUACAGAAGUUUUCGCCGUAAAGAGCAACAUGAGCCGGCUAAAUCUGGUUUUCAGAAAGUAUCGUCAAGCCCUUGAGCAACAGGAGAUAUUAGUUGAGAGUUGCAAAGCUACAGAAAUGAAGGAAAUACCAUAUCCAUUUGAGGCAGUAUUCACGGUAAUGAAUAAUCAAGCAGUAUUGCAUACUAUUCUCGGCAAUUUUAACCAAGCAGAACAAGCGUUGUGGUGGCUGAUAUCCUAUUGCAAAGAAAUGAAUAGAGAGGAUUCUGUGUAUCUUGACACCUUCGUUCGCUUGCAUCUGUCUGAAGUACUGCUCCUUCACGGAAAAUCAAAAGAGGCUGAUAAAGUAUUCAGUAUUGAGAACUUGAAUACACUCGAUGACAUAGUGGACAGGUUUGGAAACCUUUACAUGAAUGUAAGAAUCGAGGCACUUGAGAAGUUACUAGAGCUCUACAUCCGUAGAGGAAAAGUGAAAGCUGCCCUUGAGCUCUUGCAAACAACUGUGAAAAUCCUAAAAUCUUUUUUCGGAUCUGACCAUUUUAACAUUGCUUCCUUGUUGUACAAACAAGGUACGAUUUUGAGUCUCGCGGGGGAAUUCUCCAGCGCCACGGAAAAGUUCAAAAGUUCCGUUGAAAUCCUGGGAAAAAUAUUUGGCUUCAAGAAUUUUCUCCUCCUGAAGUGCUAUAUGUCCCUUGGUGAUGUGACAUCGAGAAUGAAUCAAGAAGAGUCCUACCUUUACUUUCAAAGAGCCACUGAGAACAUAGAGGCCAUCUACCAAGUGUCAUUUGUGAAUGAGUUGUCAGUGAAGUACAUAGAAAUCACUCGAGGUUUCAAAACCUUUCAAACACAGUGUGUGUUUGAUGAUAGAAUUGAAGGUCUUGUCGCAGAGUACGGGCAAGGAAUGGCCUUUUUGUUAAACCACUACAGCAAUGGUCAAUUAAGAAAAUGCAGAGCCGAUAGAAAACCUGUCACUGUGAAGAAAAUGGAUGGUCAGUAUUCCGAGUCGAUGUCAAUAGUCGCUUUCAAAUACUCAUCCGAUUUCAUCAAGAGUGGGCAAAAGCUUCUCCGUCUUGGAAUGAUGAAGGAAGCUGCCAUUUUUUUCCAAUACGCAGAGUUGCAUUGCGGCGUACGUGUAAUCCAAGGUUACCCUCACUUGGGUGUUGCCCGCCUACACAGCAUAUUCCUGAAGGAAAAAUUCAGAUGUCACGGAACACUAAAGUAUGACCAUCGUUUUAGAAACUUUUUGGAAGACCUAAGCAGCGCCAUAGAAGAAAGUGAUGCUCAGAGUAUCGUUAAAGGAAAUGAUGGAGAUGCGACAACGAUGGAGUUUGACUGUCUGCGAAACUUGAGGCCUGUGUUGAUUUUACUUCUUUUGUUCUCUAUAGAACUGAAAAUGGUUGAAACCACCUUUGUAGCGUACGAUCUAUAUUCUAAACUUUUUCAAAACGAGAGCAGUUUUCCAUUUUUGCUUCUCGAUGGAAUUCAAGUGUAUGCCUCAAAAGCCAUAAUCACCUGUAACGGAGAGACUGCUGUUCAAGACAUCCUCAUUUCCUCUCAAAUUGGCCCGAAAGAGAGCGACGCGGAAAACGCUUCCGCAGACAUACCGUUAUUUCACAGUUUGACUUACAAGGAGAAUGCAACUGAAAAUGCUUUCUUGGUGGCUGGCAGAACACCGUUCCUUCUAGAUAUCGAAGACCUCAAUGCUGUGAAGGAAAAGAUCUCACUUGCAGUUCAAGAGUGUUUCCAAAUGAAGUGCAUGGAAACUGAAUCCAAAGGUGUCGCGACUAAGGUCAUCGUGGAUUUGACUCCAACGGCGAAAUGUGGCCUCCGAGACACUAUGUCUAUGGGCAGUCGAAUCGAUCUGUUACCUCUUUGUUUAUCAAAACAUCCAAACAAUGGUGUUCCGCAUAAAGAGAGUAUCGUUGAGAUAGACACUUCGAUGCAUCAGAGGAUUACAGGAAUGACCUUUAAAGAUGAACAGACAAGCUGUUUUAUGUUCAAAAAAGUUGCACUGAGACUUCUUCAGCAGAGAGACUCAGGAAGAAUUUCAUCAAUGGCGCUACCGCAACACAGCCUUUCCUUGACGGUUCUUCAUCCGGGUAAAGCACGGCUCAGUUUGUCACAAAGUGGAAAAGAGAUCAUACAAACAAUCCAGUUCGUAACAACAAGAACAAAAAUUACCGGCGUGGCAGACUCGAAUGGUGCGUCACAGGCUUCCGUUCUUGAUGCAAUCUCUUUGCCUGAAAUUUAUCAGACGAUAGAGAAGUAUAAGGUGCCAUGCCAAGAAAGAGCUUUAUCGGAGGCUUCUUCGGUUCAAUCCGUCACUCUCUUUGAAACUGUCGAUACAUCUGAAUUGGAAUACAGGCAAGAACAAACAAGAGAGAAAUUUCUAGGUUGUCUCAGGACUGUCAGCCAGAUAUCACAACUGCUUUACAGCGUGGAGAGUCCACUGACUAACGAUGACAUCUGUAUGGCGGAUCCCAAUCAAUGUCAUUAUGCUUAUGGAAGUCUAGAAGACCAGGAAUACCUUUCCAGGAGGCACGAUGUAAGUUUUGUGGAACUGGGUGACGAUGACACAAGAUGUCUAACUGCUUCCUCUCAAAAUCGGGAAGACCAGAAAAACACAUCACUUCAGCAUCUGACAGAGAGUUCAGAAAGAAGUGAAAAUAACGAGGGUCUUCCAUUGAACGCUCAUGAAUGUGCCACUGUCGAGGUAAGCACGAGUAACCAUGAGGAAGAAUCGAUUCUCAGAGCAGAUCGUUGUGAGAUAUUGGACGGGAAACGUCUGUUUGAAGAGGAUAGACAGUCAAGACGCUCUAUUAUGGCUGAACUACAAGAAAGCCUAAAGAAAAAGCAACUGAACUCCAAAAAAGGCGAUUCAAUUCAGUCAAACAGAGUAGAAGCAAAUAAUGUUUCAAAACUGCAGUCAAGCCAAAAUGGUAGCAAUUGUGGUAAUUUGGAGUUUCCGCUUCAAGACCCAGAGGCCCAGGCACCAAGCGAAAACCCCAUUUCCAGGAAUUUCAGUACUCAUGAAAACGGCCAAAGAAUUAGUUCACAUGAAGACAAGACAGCAAAGGAAGAAGACAAACUGAUGAGAAUACAUCAACCACCACAAGGCCCAGCCCUAAACAGCGUGAAAGAUCGUAACGAUUUAGACAUGCAUCCUAAAUGUGAGCUUCCAGAGGACGUAAGUAGCCGCUUGCCUAAAGCAACGCUGGCUAAAGAAUACCGCGUAACAGCCUCUAAUGAAAGCGACAGCUCAAGCAUUUUGGAAAGAGAGACAUACGCUAAGAACGUAGAGACAGCGAGAAAUUAUGUUUGUUCAAGUGAGCAAAACGCUAUCAAAACCAACAGGGAGACCUCAACUAACAAAGAGGUACAAGGCACUAUAGGAGUUGGUCAAGAAGAUCAAGAAGGGCAAAGACAAACGAAGCCCGGCGGAAAUAAAUUUAAAAGUAGAACACAGCACCUCGAGGAAAAAAGUGAACGAAAUGAGGUGGAAAUCAGAGUAAAAAAUGGUAAUACACCGGAAAAUCAAGAAAUUCCUCGUUCCGAUUUUGACGACAAGGUGACAGGGAAAACAUUUGGGCCACUUGCUGGAGAAGGUUUACCAGAAGGAUUAUUAAACAAAGAUACCGGUGGAAACCAAACGAAGGUGGUGUAUCUUUUAAGAGAGACGGAUGCUGUGGAUGGGUCAUUUCUAAACGAGGAAAAUGGAAUGCAUUCUAUGAAAGAAAGAGAACCAACCUAUCCUUACGGACGGAUACAUUCUAAGUCGAGAGCCACCAUCUCAAACUGCAAUGAAAGUACCACCAGGUCCUUGUGUCAAGGAAGUGAUGUUGCUGCUGACAGCGAAAACCACGAGGACCUUAACAAAAACGCCUUUGUUGUUGAUGGAUCAGUACUCGAACAAAAUUAUCACAAGGAUAUUCAUGCCUCUGUCGUCAUACCUAACCACGAGGUACAAGAUGCUAUAGCAGUUGAUCAAAGACAAACGAAGUCUGGUGUAAAUAAACUGGAAAUUGGAAAGCAAGACCUUAUGGAAGACAGGGAACGAAGUGGGGUGGAAAUGAUAGGAAAUAAAUCCAAUACACCAGAAAAGGAUGGCACUUCUUGUCCCGAUAGCGACGAAAUGACAUCAGCAAGAAUAUUCGAGCCACUUUUUGAGGACGUUUUACCAGAUGGAUCCAUGAACAAAAGUACCAGUGGAAGCCAAAAGAACGUGGUAUAUCUUUUAAGAGAGACGGAUGGUACGGAUGGGUCAAACCUAAAAGAGGAAAAUGGAAUGCAUUCUGUGGAAAAAAGAGAACCAACUUAUCCUUACGGACAGAUACAUUCCAAGUUAAGAGCCACCAUCUCAAACCGCAAUGAAAGUACCACCAGGUCCUUGUGUCAAGGGGGUGAUGUUGUUGCUGACGGCGAAAGCCACGAGGACCUUAACAAAAACGCUGUCGUUGUUGAUGGAUCAGUACUUGAAAAAAAUUGUUACAAGGAUAUUCAUGCCGUGGUUGUCAAGCCUAACCACGAGGUACAAGAUGCUAAAGCAGUUGGUCUAAGACAAACGAAGCCGGGUGUAAAUAAAUUGGAAAUUAGAAAAGAACACCUUGUGGAAGACAGGGAACGAAGUGGAGUGGAAAUGAUAGGAAAUAAAUCCAAUACACUAGAAAAGGAUGGCACUUCUUGUUCCGAUUAUGACAAAAUAACAGCAGAGAGAACAUUCAAGCCACUUAAUGAAGACGUUUUACCUGUUGGAACCCAGAACAAGGAUACCAGUAGAAGUCAAAAUAAUGUGGUUGAUCUUCUAAGAGAGACGGAUGCUGUAGACGGAGCCAAUCUAAUAGAGGAAAAUGAAACGCGAUCUUUGAAGCAAAGCUUAGGCGGAAGUCGUGAAGACCGUAUCAAUAAUGUUGAUACUGUAGAUGGACCAGCACUCACACAAAAUCUUCACAAGGACUUUCAUGGCGGCGGGAAGUUCAAAACCAGCGUUAAGCACGAAAGUGUAACCUUAGGUGGUGAAAACGAGUCUCGUACAGAUAGACAUCCGCUUUGCGAACUAAGAUAUCCUCUUGAACCUAAGAGUAACCUCUUUCAAUCUCACUCGGGCGAUGGAGGAGCAAGACCCAAACAAAGGUUAACAGUCAAUGCUAAAACCCCCUUACCUUGGCCCAGCAUUAAAAAUCCAUCGUCAGCUAACUAUGACCUCGAAAGAUUAAUUCCUGGCCUAGAUCCUAUGUUUCUGGCACGUCACGUCAAAGAGAGUAGCCCACUAAUUCCGUUUCAGACCGGUGGUAACUAUAAUCAUGCUUCAUCAGAGGGUCUGUGGCAAGAAGACUACGAACAGGAGUACUUUCCAUUUAAUGCUCAGGACCAAGUCUUCAAUAGCAAAGAUCAAAAGUCACACGACAAGGAAGAGUCCAUUCUACGCGAAAAAGCCAAUAGAUAUGAUAAAGUUAUUCCUGUACAUAACGCCUUAAUUGCUUUAGCGCCAACGAACGCAAAGGAAAAAGAAAGCUGGCAUUUUCCACCCUCAGAGUCCUGUAAAGAUAUGGUGCUGCGAAAUCAAUGCUUUGCCGAGAGAAAAAAUGAGUCAAAUCCAACAUCGCUGCCAAAAUCUCUUAAUGCCAACUGGGAGAAACCCUUCUGUGCGUGUGGAUCGGCAUGUGCGUACAACGACAUGGCUUCAAUGGCAAAUGAGUACUCCACCUGUGUGGGUAAUGAUGAAAGUGGACAAUCGCCACCAAUGAGCGAGAAGGAGCAUUCGUGGACAGAAAAUGCAUUGACCGCUAAUUUUAGUUAUCUUCAAGAAAUAAUGGCCAAGACUAUCCGGCUUGUUGCCUUAAAUGUUGAGGGCGCCAGGGGAAAUGAUCCAGCAAACCAGACAGUCGAAAAGACAGGCAUACAGGAAGAAACAGACGAUAUGGGAGAAGCAGAAGCAGCCGUAACACAACGAAUUCAUGAGACGAACACUCAAGGAGAAUCUAUCCCAUCAAAUGAACCGACCGUAGAAGCUGAGCGGCAACCCAUGGCAACACCUGUACAAGAGAGUCCACGCCCUGUUUGCAGUCAUUAUCAACGGCGAUGCUUGGUACGGUUUCCUUGCUGUGGAAAGUUCUUCCCUUGCCACCGAUGCCACAACGAGUCAGAUUGUAAUGAGGAUCAGGCAAGAGCAGUUAAUGCCACACACAUACGAUGCACUAUCUGCUAUCACGAACAAGAGAUCGACGAAAAUGGCCAGAGAUGUGGCGGCUGCAACGCAGUCAUGUCUGAGUAUUUCUGCCCAACAUGUCGCCAUUAUACCUCCGUGGAUAAAAAUCCCUUCCACUGCGAAAAAUGUGGUAUCUGUAGAAUCCAUAGAGACAGAUCCUUCCAUUGUGAUGUUUGUAACGUAUGCCUGGACAAACGUCUUGAAGGAAAACAUAAGUGUAGACCUGAUUCGGGACACGAUGAAUGCUGCAUAUGUCUCGAGGACGCUUUCAGUGGUUGUCAAAUUCUCCCCUGCUCCCACAAGGUUCAUAAGGACUGUGCCAUUGCGAUGAUACAAAACGGCGUCCGCACAUGUCCAAUUUGCCGCCAUCCGCUAUUCGGUCAACUCCAAAACAGUACUCAAUAAGAAGUUUUCUACCGACGAAGUUAAUUUUAGAGCAAAUUAUUCACCAUUAGAAGUGACGAUAAAAAUUUUGAGGGAUACUUUGGACAAUAUGAUUCGUUACAUGGUAAAUUUUCAGAAUAUCUCAAGCCCUAAAAUUGAUCGAAAUCUAGAAAUUCUCGAUUUCAGGAAUAGGUUAUUGAGUAGGUAGAGUUUAUUAAGACAAAGUCAUCCUUAAAUCAGUGAAUUACUUUUCUUUGCCUUCGUUCAGCGUCCAUUAUUUUUUCUUUGAGAUUAGAUGUAACUAGAUUAAAACUUGAGCUAUUUUUCACCCGCGAACAGAUUUUUAACUAGGAAGUAUACAAGUACGAUUAUGCAUGCGUACUGGUAGAGUUUUUCUGUUUAAAAAAAAAUAAAAAGCAAAGAAAUAAACGACCAAAGACUAGGCAAGAAACCAAAAUCAUACUAAAAUGACAACCAAAACCAGCAAACAAACAUGUAACGAUUAGAGAGAAAAAAAAAUUAGCUUAGUCUAAGCCGUUUAGUUAUCGUCACUUCUUAUGAUAAUAGACCAGACUGUUUUGGGGUAACCGAAUGAUUUCCACUGACCACAAUGCAGCUGUAUAGCAGAGAAGAAGCCCAAUGAGCUGUUACACACACACUUCAGGGAUUAAUUUCCUAAUGGCAGUUCACAAGAAUGAAUUUUACAGGUACUGUAAUUAGAUCAAAUAUUGCUGACUGAGGAAGGAAAGUUUAAUGACCAAUUACUGUAAAAAAAAAAAUGACAAUUACGAUGACAUACUGGUAUAAUGAGAAACAGUAUGUUCGACUGAAGUUCGAUUCAAGUUCAUUAAGAAACUUGGUUGACAGAGAGUUCAUAGUUACCAUAAUAUUCAAUAAAAAAAAUAGGAGUCAGCGUAAAUCGACUUAAGAAUGAUCUAUCAGAGGCAGCUUAAGAAUUAACCGAUAAUAAAAAUAAUUUGCAUAUACGAAACAUUACCUGGCAUGUUGCAAAGUGGACUUAGAGUUCACGCAAUGUACUUUGCUUCAAGUAUUUUUAGUAAGACUGCUAUGAAUUAGUAUACAUGAAUCAUACUACCCUCCUCAAAAAGGUAGUCGUAGGAAAACCACAAAUGUAUAUGUAUAAGUAACCACAUCAUAAGAGCGCGAGUGAAAUUUCGUUUUCAGAAGGAAUAAAUUUCGUCAGCGUCUUUGUAUUCUGUGAGACGUAUUGUAUUAGCUAAAAAAUUCUCAGUAAAUGCGGAACGUACCAAUCACCUUGGUAACAAGAAGUAAUCGUAAGCUUUACUUGAUGUAUCAGUGACCUCCUAAAGGCCGCAUGACCAAAACUUCGUUUUCAGAAGAAAAAAAAAAAUUAUAACCGUUAUUUCCAUCUUGUAAGCAAAUUAGUAAGAAGUAGGUAGUCUCGAGUGAGUGCAAUAUACAGGUAACAGUUUAAGAUGGCGCGAAUGAAAUUUCGUUUUAAGAAGGAACAAAUUAAUAUUCGCUAAAAUGCAUUUUAUUGGCAAUGUUACUCUACUUAUAAAACAGCGUGGUUAUAAAUAAUCGUAGACUUUAUUUGACGUUUCAGUUACCGUAUAAGAAUUACGUGAGUUUAAUUUUGUUCGGGAAGAAACAUUCUGUGAACGCUAUCUAAAUAUUUACUAGUAAUUAAGCAGUGCAUUACCCGGCGUGAUGAAUAGAAAAGUAGUGUCAAAAUAGACGCUGUGCAUAGGUAAACUUUCAUGAAAAGCGUAAGUGAAAUUUCGUUUCAAGAAGGAUCAAAUUUUAUGAGCACUUUUCGCUUUUAGUGCCACUUUUUUAGCCAAAGUACUCUACAUAAAGACAGUGCACGGUAAAAAAAAUCGUAGGCUUUAUUAGAUGUUUCAGGUAACGUACAAGAAUUGUUUCAGAAGAAACAUAUAUGAACGCUAUCAAUAUUUUACUAGCAAUUAAGCAGUGUAUUACCUGGCAUGAUGAAUAGAUUAGAAGUCUCAAAAUAGACUCAAUGCAUGAUAAACUUUAAUGAAAAGCGUAAGUGAAAUUUCGUUUUAAGAAGGAUCAAAUUUUAUGAGCGCUUUUCAUUUUUUGUGCAACCUAUUUUUCAGCUAAAGUGCUUCACAUAAAGACGGUGCAUGGUAAAACAAAAAAAAAAGCAUCGUAGGCUUUAUUAGAUGUUCCAGGUACCACUUAAGAGGCGCGUGAGUAAUUAGGAAAUGUGUUAGCUAGCUUGAUAAAUGACCGAGUAGCUUUUAAAGUGUGAGCGCACACACGCGCAAUAUAACGGCCAGCGUGGUAAUAAGUAAUCGCUGUCUUUUAAAAAAUUUUAGAAAAGCGUUGGUGAAAUUUCGUUUUAAGAAGAAACAAAUUUACGAACGCUAUCUAUAGGUGAUCGCGUGAGAUAUGAUAUAUUCAAGCUCUACUGUAUACCAUUGUUAGCUGGUAUUUGUCUUAUUUUUAUUAAUAUACAUGAUUUAUAGCUGAAAUAUUUUUUAGGUUACUUCCUUACGUUUUUUCCUCCUUGAACAGCGUAACGAGACAUUUAUUCAAAAUAAUUCUAGGUCUUGCAUCAAUAAUGUCUAGCAGAGGGGGAGAGGUGUAGGAACAUUUAAUCAGUUAGUCCAAGAUAUGUAACAUGACACAUAAUUCAACAACAUGUACUCGACGCUCAUUUGUUCAAUAAACUUUCAAAUCACUCAACAACA